UCUAUGACUUGUGAAGUAAGAACACAGACAAAAGACACUGAAGCGCAAGUAGCACAACAGAGCUAUCGCACUCUUCCACGGGAAAGCGGGGCGUGCUUCACCCACCCCCAUGUCCCGCGAUGCCGCGGGCUCCGCCCCACAGGAGGCGGAGCCUAGCGCACCUUCCGGAUUGCAGGCGGAAGUAGACGAAUUUGAAUCUUGUGGACCGUUGGAUGGGGCUGUUCGCGGUCGGCUUUGCGGCUCCGCGAAAGAAGGGAAAAGUGACACGACCGUUCUGGAACUUCUGCCCAGCGUGCCUUGUAAAAUGAAUGAAAAUAAACCUGGUGCCUCACAAAAUCUCGCUUGUGUUUUUUGUCGAAAAAAUGAUGACUGUCCUAAUAAAUAUGGAGAAAAGAAAACUAAUGAGAAAUGGAAUCUCACUGUACAUUACUAUUGUUUGUUGAUGUCAAGUGGAAUUUGGCAGAGAGGUAAAGAAGAAGAAGGAGUUUACGGUUUUUUAAUAGAAGACAUCAGAAAAGAAGUGAACAGGGCUUCUAAACUGAAAUGCUGUAUUUGCAAGAAGACUGGUGCUUCAAUCGGAUGUGUUACACCCCGAUGUAAACGAAGUUAUCAUUUCCCAUGUGGACUUCAGAGAGAAUGUAUUUUCCAAUUUACUGGCAAUUUUGCGUCAUUUUGUUGGAAGCAUCGACCUGUUCAAAUAAUUACAUCUAAUAAUUAUAGAGACUCCUUACCAUGUACCAUUUGUUUGGAAUAUCUUGAGCCUGUUCCAACUUACAACAUAUUACGAAGUCCUUGUUGUAAGAAUGCUUGGUUUCAUAGAGACUGUUUACAGGUUCAAGCAAUAAAUGCAGGAGUGUUUUUCUUUAGAUGCACAAUAUGCAAUAAUAGUGAUAUAUUUCAGAAAGAGAUGCUAAGAAUGGGAAUUCAUAUUCCUGAAAAAGAUGCAUCUUGGGAAUUAGAGGAAAAUGCUUAUCAAGAACUUCUGCAGCACUAUGAGCAUUGUGAUGUCCGAAGAUGUCGUUGCAAAGAAGGGCGAGACUAUAAUGCACCUGAUAGCAAAUGGGAAAUAAAGCGCUGUCAGUGUUGUGGUUCUAGCGGAACACAUUUAGCUUGUUCCUCGUUACGAUCAUGGGAACAAAAUUGGGAGUGUUUGGAAUGUAGAGGUAUUCUCUACAAUUCAGAGGAUUUCCAAAAAGCCAAAAAGCAUACAUUACCCAACACUAAUAGUGUGGGAAUAACUGAUUGUUUGUUGGAAGAAUCAUCACCUAAAUUACCCAGACAGUCACCUGGAGCCCAGCAUAAAGAUCUUCUGAGGCAAGGCAAUAAAUUUAGAAAAGAAGUUUCAACAAUAAUGGUGGAAUUAGGUUUUCAAAUUAAAAAAAAAACUAAAAGAUUAUGGAUUAAUAAAGCCAAUGUCUGGAAUAGUGCCUUAGAUGGAUUCAGAAAUCAAAACUUUAAUCCUUCAUACACAAUUGAAGUAGCAUAUGUCGAUGAAAAUGAUAACUUUGGAAGAGAGCAUCCUGGAUCAAAGCAAGAAUUCCUAAGUCUCUUAAUGCAACAUCUUGAGAAUUCACCAAUAUUUGAAGGGUCCUUGUCAAAGAAUUUGUCUCUAAAUUCUCAAGCUCUGAAAGAGAAUCUUUACUAUGAAGCUGGCAAAAUCCUUGCCAUUUCUUUGGUCCAUGGUGGUCCUUCACCUGGUUUCUUUUCUAAAACCUUGUAUAACUGCCUUGUUUAUGGACCAGAAAAUACCCAACCAAUUUUAGAUGAUGUUUCAGACUUUGACGUGGCACAAAUUAUAAUCAGGGUAAAUACUGCAACAAAUGUGGCUGACUUAAACUCAGUAGUAAAUGAAUGCUAUAACUACCUAGAGCUUAUUGGAUGUUUAAGACUUAUAACUUCAUUAAGUGAUAAAUAUAUGUUGGCAAAAGACAUACUAGUUUAUCAUGUAAUUAAGAGAGUCCAAGCACCCUUUGAAAGUUUUAAGCAGGGUCUGAAAACUCUUGGUGUUUUGGAGAAAAUUCAGACUUACCCAGAAGCCUUUUAUAACAUCUUCUGUCAUAAACCUGAGAAUCUUACUGCAAAAAUCCUUAGUGAUCUUUUUACAGUACGCACAUUAUCUGAUGUACAGGCUUUGGGAUUUUGGAACAGUUAUCUACAGGCUGUUGAGGAUGGUAAAUCUGCAGUGACAAUGGAAGAUAUUCUUAUUUUUGCAACUGGUUGCAGUUCCAUUCCACCUGCAGGAUUUAAACCCACUCCUUCAAUUGAGUGCCUUCAUAUGGAUUUUCCUGUUGGGAACAAGUGUAAUAACUGUUUAGCUCUUCCAAUCACCAAUACAUACCAAGAAUUUCAAGAAAAUAUGGACUUUGCCAUAAGAAACACCCUAAGACUAGAAAAGGAAGGAAGUUCUCACUACAUUGGACAUUAAAAUGUUUUGAACAAAGAAAUGCUUCUUGAAAAGCUGCUAUUGAUACUUUUUGUUUCAGAAAUCUGUCCAUUAUUUGAACAAACUUGUUAGCUUCUUGGCCCAAUAAAAUUUAUAUGAACAUAUGAACAAGGAAUGUUUUGGCCACUUAAGCUAAAAAAUUUUUUGUUAACGUGUACCAGUCAAAAUUGAUGAUAUUUUUCUAUUUUCUUAAUAUACAUGCAUCAUAAACUUUAAUAUAAAUAGUUUUAAAACAGCUGUACAGACUUUUUUCAAGUAUAAUAACCUGAGAUAUAUAUAUAUAAAAGAAAAAAACUUGUAUUCACUGUUUCUGCAAAUAAGGAUUAGCUAUAGGAUACCACAAUGAUUUUUCUAGUUUUAUAUAAUUUUCAAAUUAUUAUUUUAUUUUAAAGCAUUAAAUAGAAAAGCAAAUUGAUAAAUCGUGUUAUAUAAAUCAAAGGCAUAUAUUCUGGGGUAUGUGUUAUAAAUAUUUUUCCUAGGAUGGCACUGAAUUGGUUAAAAAUGUUUUAGAUUACUGAUUUAUAUUGAAACAGACCCACACUGCAAUUAGACUAUGCCUAAUGGGAAGUAUUAUGAAAAAGCAGAAUUGCACAAAUAUUGUAGAACCUAUGGACAUUCCAUAGUCUUAAGAACCCUUCUGAGGUGGAUAAAAUAUAUUUGAAAAUAACUUAAAAAGUGUUUAAAGGCUUGGCUUUGAUCAUAGGAUUUUCUUUUUUUCUCUAUAGCCCAUGUGUGGUAUUAAAACCACAUUAUGUCUGAUUCAGAAUCAUUUGGGGUGUGUCAUUUAUCUUUGUGGAUUACCAUGACUCUUUGACAGUUAUUUAUUAUCAAGUUGGUUGUAUGAUAGGUAAGCUGGUAACAUUGCAUUAUAUAUUACCUUCUUUGCUCUUGAAAGAUAUCUUUAUUAUAUAAGCAAUGGAAAAAUGUGUAAGAAAGAAGUACAAACAGAAUGAAAAACCCACUCUAAUCUCACAGUGCAGAAUUAACUAGUAUGUUUCAUUUAUUCUUACUAUAAACUAUUUUCCUUUCCUUUUAAACUUUAUUGUUAUUGAAAGUCAAAGAAUACCUUAAAGUAACAAGAAAUCAUGUAAUAACAAUUUGAAAACAGAUAGUCCCAUAGUUAUGUCCCCAUGUUUAUAUUCUUGCAAAAGGAGAAAGUGGAAAAGUUUUAUGUUCCUAAUCUAUUAUCAAACAUAAAUUCGUUUUCCACCAAAGUAAAUUUAAAUUGCAUGAGAGUUAAAUCAUUAUGAGAGGUUGGUUUUAACCACAUUUUUUUAUAUACAAAAGCAGUUAUCAACUAUCAUCAUAUUCUCAUCCUUCCCAAGACAUCCUUAAAUUAUUGAUAUUUUCAAAGAAAAACAACAGGAUUGAUUUGAUACUGGUGAUGUAACUCUUUAAUACCAAAGGAAAGCUAAAACAUAUUCCUAGUAUAAUUUUCCUUGUUACAUUUAUUGGCAGACCCAGCAAAUUAAAGUUUCAUUUUGACUUGAAGUUUUUAAGAACAUUAUAGAAGGCAUUUGUCUUAUAUUGUGUUAUUAUUGUUGUUGUUGUUGUUGUUUAGAUUUUAUUUAUUUAUUUGACAGAGAGACGGCAAGAGAGGGAAUACAAGGAGGGAGAGUGGGAGAGAAGAAGCAGACUUCCCUCUGAGCAGGGAGCCCAAUGUGGGGCCUAAUUCCAGGACCCUGGGAUCAUGACCUGAGCCAAAGGCAGACGCUUAACAACUGAGCCACCUGGGUGCCCCUGUCUUAUAUUGAAUUGUUAGAUCAUCAAAAGUAAUUCAAGGAUUGUUUAAGAGUUUGAAUAUCUAAACUUCAAAUUUGCCAUAUAGCUUUUAUUCCAAAUGUGAUAAAUUGGAUAUUUCUCAACCGUACCCAGUUUUUAUAAAAUUUAAAAAGCCAUUAAACAAAUAGAAACCAAAAAUCUAAUUAAAGCUAUUUUCUAUCAUUUGUAGUUUUAAUUUUUCCUACAGUGGUAAUUAAAAUUAAUGAACAUUCACACAGAUUUUGGGUGGGGUGGGUUGGUAGGGAAGCGAUGUGCUUGGGUUGACUAUGAUUAAAAAAACAGUAUUUCAGUUCCUCAUUUCACUAUUUUAUGUGUAGACAGGGCCUUUGGGAUAUGGUGUGAUGUAAAUAAUUUCAUAUAUUCACAUUUCUAAAGGGAUGCAUACUCAUUGCAAAGCAUUUUCUAUGUUUAAGGAUGUUCCAUUAGUUUGAGUUUUAAGUUAGUCUGUAUAGUCAAGGCGUAAUAGAGAAUCCUGUAGGUUAUUUAUUUUUCUGCGUGUUACUAUGUCACAUGGUUGAUAUUGUGAUGUUCUUUUUCUGUUCAUUGUUCUAGCCAGUAGACAACUCUUGCUGACAUUGAUUUUUAAAAGUAAUUAUGCUAUAAACCCUUAUAAAUGUGUAUUUGUAUUUAACUACUUCAUUCGUCUAAAUGCCAUAUAUUUCAAGUGUGUUUUCUAUACUCAAUAUUGGGGAAAACCAUAAAGUCAUCUAUUGUAUAUCUACUAUUAACAGUCUUUGAUUAGUUUUAAAUUCAUUGUUUUUAGACACUUUUUAAACCUUUUGGUAUGGGAAGUUCAUCUGAAGACCUUUUUAUACAAUUCUUUACUAUUCUUGUAGUCAUUUUAAUUUUUUAGUAUUUAAGGUUAAAGUUUCUUUAAAAUAUCUCAUCAGAAACUGGGUUAUGUUUUUACACAUUGUAAUAUUUAAUUUCUACAUUAUGAAUAAGCCAUUAUUUGGGUCAAGUAAAAAGCCUUCAUUUGAUUACUAAUCUGAGAAUUCACUUUGGCUUCUACUUUAUGCCAAACUUGUAAUAAUUCUUUCCCUAAAUUUGUGGAAGCUAUUGUACUCAGUGAUGAAUGCAAAGUGAAGGAGAUUAUAAUAGGUAAGUUUUCUCCAUGACUUUGCCUUUAGUAUUUAGUCAUUGUAAGAAAGUGAUUAGAACAAAAUUCCAUUUAAAUGUAAUUCUUUUAUAUAAGGAUUAUCACUUUCUUCAUUGUUAGUUUUACAAGAAGCUAUUAAAUUACUGUUUAUGCUUUAAGUAAUGCAAUAAAAAGCUUUAUGCUUUAAGUAAUUCAGUACAAAGUAGAACUUCACAUUGUAUAAUGGAUUACUUGAAUGUAUAUGUAGUUCAGAAAAAUUUGGAUUGCUUUGAAAAGACCCAGUUUUCAAGUUCUAAUUUUGACUGUUAAUCUUUUCCAAUUGCCAAACAUAUUCCAUCCUAUACCUGCUGUAUACCAGGUAUUAUGCUAGGUGAUAGUUGAUGUGGCAGCCUAUUCCUCCCUCCCCUUUUUUUGACUUCAGAUGUAACCAGAAAACAUGAUACUGAUAAUGACAUUCCUAAAUAAAUAUGUUCAUGCUACUAAAUGUGAAGUGCUUAUAUGAACUAUUUUAAAUAACUUGUUAGGAUUUUAAGAUUCUGACAAUGCUAAAUAGAUACAAGAUCUUUUUCAUAUUUGAGAGAUCCUGUAAGCAGUUGUUGACUGACACCCCAGAACCUCUCUUUAAUGAGCCAUAUUGAGACAUUCUGUGUUAAAACUAUUCCCUAAUGUAAAAUAAGUUUACCAGAAUAAAUUAUUUAAGCCAAAAAUCUGGAUAGGUAGAGCCAGUUAGUUAAAAGUCUACAGUAAAUUAGGUUAACACCUUGAAGCCAUAGUUUGAUUCUUGCUGAUUCUAAGAAUGCAUGACAAAUUCCUUUCUCAGUCUCAGCCUUACAGGGUCUAUUUGUCUACUGCCACCAUUUUGUGGGGUAUAUUUUUUUAUAAGUUUUUUUGUCCACUCUAUGUGCACACCUUAGUCAAAACAGUUUUUAUUAUUUCAUAUGUAUAUACUGUAUAUAAAUGUUAAACAUUGUCUUAAUGUUUUAUAUUAAUAUGACUCAGUCUAGGGAAGAAGUCUGUGAUAGAACUGAAAUGGUUAGCUGAUAGAUUUGCAUUUGAAAGUGAAAGUACCCAAAUCAACAAGAUUGGGCUCUCACAUAUUGGAAUAAGAUAAAUGUAUGUUUUACAUUCCAUGAGAACAAGCAAUGAAGUAGAAUUUUUCCCUAGGGCAGGAAUUGUCAUUUGUUUAAUUACAGUACACUUAGAUCAUUGGUGUUUCCUUCAAAAUAGUGCUUCAAAGUAACACUGAAUAAAAAAUAUUUUCUUGGUGAAUAUGCCAGUUAGCUGUAAAAAUGAGAGAUGAUGAAACUCUUAAAGGUAAAGAAUGUAGGUUCAUAAUCAUUUGUCAACCUAUUUUUCCCACCCACCAGCCCCUGGUAGCCACUCUUGGUCUAUUUACAUGAAUUUGGAGUUUUUUGGUUUUUGUUAUUUUUUAGUUCAUUUGAUGUAAUGAUAACUUUUCAACUGUAAGAUGAAUAUGGUCUGAGACAUAAUAUAUAGUAUGGUGACUACGGUUGAUAACUAUUGUAUAACUGAAAUUUGCUGAGUAGGUUUUAAAUAUUUUCACCAAAAUAAACGAAGAUGAAUAUUUGAGGUAAUGGAUGUGAUGACUAGAUGGAGGGAAUCCUUUCAUAGUGUUGUAAUUCUAUUAAAUCAUAGCUAUGUAAACUA